AUGAACGAUAGAGCGAGAGCCUCGUGGCACGCACGAUGGGUAGACCAUCGAGAGCCAAGCAACCUCGUUUUCACAAUGAUACAUACAAGGCAUCGAGGAAUGCGCAAAAUGAGUGAACUGUGUGCACUCACGUCUGCUGCUCUGAUGACCAUGGAUGUGAUGUCGCCGUGUUGA